GCCGCUGGCGGCGGAGCUGAGGACGGUGUUCGGCUUCCCUGGGCUGGAGUUCAGGGUCGCCAAGCACGGUCGCCUGAACGAGUGCGACCGCGUGUCCGUGGGCGACGCCGCGGUGCUGCGGGACGCGGGGGGCGGCUACGUGAUGGGCAUGGUGCGGCAGCUGGUCGCCAUCACGUGCCCCCCGCGGAUGCCGCAGCCGUUCCACGCGGCGCUGGUGGAGCGGUGGGCGCGCCGCGGCGCUGGCAGCAGCCACGGCGCGAGCGUCUGGACGACUGCUGGCGCCACGCUGCAGUGGGUGGCGUUCGACGAGGUCAUGCGGGCGUCGCCCGCGCGGUCCCUCAGUGGAGGCCGUGCGACUGCGUUCAACCCGCCUGGCUAUAGCUAG